AUGUCCAAGCUCUUUAUUGGCGGCCUCGCAUGGCACACUGAUGAGAAUGCUCUCCGUCAGAAGUUCGAGGAGUUCGGAGCUGUUGAGGAGGCAGUUGUCGUGAAGGACCGUGACACUGGUCGUAGCCGUGGCUUUGGCUUCGUCCGAUACGGCAGCGACCCCGAUGCCGAGGCUGCAAUUGCUGCCAUGAACAACGUCGAGUUCGACGGCCGAACUAUUCGUGUCGACAAAGCUAGCGAGCGUGGCUCCGGAGGUGGCGGCGGCGGAUUCAACCGUGGUGGAGGCGGCGGUGGAGGAUACAACCGUGGCGGAGGUUCAUACGGUGGUGGUGGAUACGGCGGCGGCGGCCGUGAGGGUGGAUAUGGAGGCCAAUCAGGUGGUGGUGGAUAUGGUGGUAGCCAGGGCGGCGGCUACGGAGGUGGCGGUGAUAAAGGAUACCAGGGUGGUCAGGGUGGUGGCUAUGGUGGAGGCGAGCAGCAGCAAGGCGGUGGCCGCUGGAACUAG